UAUUGUUGCUCUGUAGUUUGUAACCAAUGUUGCCCUAGAACGUAAAGAUACAGUAUUUUGUGAAAAUAAAAUUUUAUUUACAGCAUUAUCCUCAGCACAUUUCAACAUAUAUUGGUAUAUUUGUCAGGAAAGUAAAUAAGAAACAUUAAUAAUAAUAAUAAUUAUUUUUUAGAUUAUUAUUAAUAUAUUUAUUCAUUUAAAAAUAUGGAGAAGUCACAGUUGCAUGUUAAUUACUACGAAAAGAAGUUAAACGCGAACUUACAUAUUAUAUUUUUUUAACAUUGAACAUUUUAAAUAUAAUAUGAACCCCACUUCUUCACAUAAUUACAAACAAGACUUUCCUUCAAGUGUUUUAACAAAGAUGCCCAUGUACAAGUCAAAACCGACUAACUCUCCUCCACCGAAGAGGAAUGGAGAUUCUGGUGAUUCAAAUAGCACACAUAUUAUUAUAGCUAGUACUGUUUGUGGGGUUUUGUUUCUUGUUAUUCUGUUGCUGCUGUUAUUAUACUGCUAUAAAAGAAGAAGAGACAACCAAUCACACAGAAACAUUGGAAACAAAUCAAAUUUUCAUGGUGUUGCAAAAGCGGAUCAAUACAAGCCUCCAUCACCUAAUGUUUAUUCUGGUUUUGUGUAUGAAAAUGAAGCACUACAAUCUAGCCAAGUUAUCGAACCUGGUGAAAAUGAUAGAAAUCUUCGAAAACCUGAUCAAUUCACUGCGAAACAAGAACAGACAGUAGUACCUUCACAAGACUUUGAACACAAUGUUAGCAUAAAGUUGAUGACUCCAUGGAAUGAAAUUUACAUUCAACUGGACUCAAAAGAGUACCAAAUGAUGAAAUCGUACACCGUAGAAUCAAUUGCAGACUUAUACUUAAAUUUUGAUGGUUUUAAAAGCACCACACUCCUGAGAUUUAGACAAGGAAGCGUCAUCGCUGAUUUGAACCUAAAGUUUGCAGCUGGUACUACGAACGCGUUAGAAAGAUUAAAGCAAGCCGUACUUAGAGGCCAGUGCUCUCAGUUGCAAGUCGAUACAGAUUUUUUUAGUUACCAGCCCGCUGUUGCAUCAAAGACAAACGAUGUAAGAAUUGAAACGGAAGCUUUGUGCUUAAAUGCGAACAACCAUAGUAUUUCUGGUUCCUUAACGCGUUCGGAUAGAAUGGAGUCCGGCUAUGGUAGUCAAUAUUUUGAUCCAUCAGCUGUAGCUGAAAAACUGCAAAAUCCGAAAGUACGCGAUUCUUCUCAGAAGUCAACUGAUUCCAUCGAGUCGGGAACGUCCGAGAUUGGCACCUCACAUUCUAUUUCUCCGAAAAGUUGUUCCUCCACUAACGUUUCUGUGCAUAGCAAUGUCGACGAGGAGCCUCCGAAACGGGAGAAGGUGACUCCUUUAAGUUUCAUCCAAAGCAUUGUGAAGAAGAAGACUCGUGGUUCAAAAACAAAACAACAUGCGACAAUAGGUCAGUUGAGUAAAAUAUCACGUACUUGGUGUUUACGACGUGCCAUUCUUUUUUUCACUUCUAUUUUUUCUCUUGCAGGUAUUCCACACAUUGCUUUAUUUGAUUUUGAUCCGCAAGACUUUCGCGAAUUAGCGCUUCAUCAAUCAGACCUUGUAACGGUGACUAUCACGGACGAAGGUGGUUGGGUAAAAGCUACCAAUGCUGCUGGCAAAGAAGGAUGGGUGCCACAAAACUUUGUUGCCCCUUUUGACCCUAAGCAAUACGCAGAAACUAAAAAUGCUGUUGAUUCCAUUAUGUUCCUGGAUGGAAUAAUCGAGUCUAUAGAUACUAGUUCAGAAGAUCACCAUAUUGGAAAGCAAAACAGAAAUAGUCACAUGGACGACCAAAAGUCCGACGCGUCCGACAAAUCACACGAUUCACCAACCGAUGAAAUCGAUAUAUCCGGAUUGUUUAUCGCCAUUUUCCCGAAUGAUCCUGUUGAAAGAAACGAGCUACGCCUACAAGUUGGUGAUUUAGUCGAUGUUCUAAAAACGUCGGAGACAGGCUGGUGGAAAGGACGGUGUCUGAGUACGCACGAAGAUGGCUGGUUUCCCUCUUCUUACGUCCAGCCGCAGACAUCUAAUCUGGACUUCCACAAGUAUCUUCAAGAUGAACUCGACGACAAAGGCACGGUUUCAGAUAGUGAAGUUCACACGAGAAUGUUAUCUGCAGUAAAGAAGAGCAGAGAAGAUGAGAACGGAUACAGUAGUGAUACGUUCCCUGAAAGCGAUGCAAGAUCUAAGGGAAACUCUGCAUCAAGAAUUAAUGUGGUCUCCAGAGCGAUGCUGAAUUCUCUCGAUGCAAAGUUUGCUGAAAACCUAUCUGAUGGAGAUGAUUCUCGUUACGAGCAGUCGUCAUUGGAACCGGUAGUAAGCAAUCGUCAAGAAGAAGACACCGACAACGAAGGAUCUCAUCAUGAGUCUGGUCUGACCGAUCCACCCUCCAAGCCUGUUCCGCCCAAACCCAGAAAACGACACAUGCUGCAUACAUACCGUAACUUGGCGGCAGAAGGAAAAUUGGGUUCUACUGACAGUUUAGUGACGCGUUCCACUGAGUGUUUAGCCUCAAUCGAUGCCGUUGGGAGAUCUCACCACAGAAAAGAUCGAAGGAAUUCUGAAGAAAUUAACACGGAUGAUGUAGCACUUCGAGGUUCGCGAUUUGAUACUAUGAAACCAAUAGAUAGACUUCGACCCAGAUCCUUCCAAGAAACACCUAAAUCAAAUUUCUUUUAUCUUGCAAAUCGUUACGCAUCUUGUAUGAAGCCUGCGUGGUCCUUACCAACUCUUGUCGGUGACCAAGUUAAAUUAAGUCCUGAUGACGAACGGCCUUACCUUGUUCCUAUUCCACGAAAGUCAAGGAAAAAGUCCUCAUUAGCGGCUGUCGUGGUGCCAAAAGAUGACUUAGGCGUGGUGGAAAAAGAGCAGAGCGUAUCGUUGCCAAACUCACCUCUUAAAAAGACUGAGGAAUCAUGCGCUAGUAAAAAGACUGAGGAAUCAUGCGCUAGUGAAGAUUUGGGAAUAAAUGUCGAUGUCAAUAUUUCAGCAAUCUCGUUCCCUCGUCAUCGUUUGAGUAGUAUGGAUUCAACUCGUAACGUACAGACUAAAUCACCAUCUACGAUAGAUAAGCACAUUUUUCAUUCUUCAGACAGUGUGACACCUUUAGUAUCCUCAAAGCCAGCUAUUUCACCUAAACCUUCAAUACCUCCAAAGCCGUCAGUUGUCAGAGCAAAGUUGAUUGGGGCUCACGAAGUACAAAAGCCAUCACUGAUUGGUGAAAAACCGACAGUUCCUGUACGAACCACCUCUAAGAACAUAUUUACGAAAGCUUUUAUUAACGAACAACUUAGCAAAAGUCAUGAGAACUUAAACUCGUCGAAAUUAAACGAACAUAUACAUAGCAGGCCUCCUCAUAGUAAUUCUCGAAGUCGGAAUAAUCAUCGUCUUUUUGCAGUAGCCAGUUUUGAAUCGAUAAACGAGGAGAGCGAGCAAAACUCCUUUCAAAUAACGACCGAGGACAACAGAAAAAACUUUAAAAAUGAUCACAGGCGUUACCACUCGGAGCCACACGAAGGCAGUUACAAUAUUAACACUAACGAGGCUAUCAAAGAACACUUGAACUCCGAGCCCGCUCGAGAAAGUCGAACAGUAGCCAGUAAAAAUAAUUUGAACUCUAAGCUCGCUCGAGAAAAUCACUCAUUGGCCAGUGAAAAUCACAACACCGAUUCCUCUACUUCUUCCGAAAGUUUUCGUAUGGCUUUGCCUAACAACGAGCGCGUCAAAAACUCCUUAUCAGAGGACAAACAUGUAACUAAAAGAGAAGUGUUAAAUGAACAAGCUUUGAGAAAGCACGAUCGAUUGACUGCUAGUAGUAGGACGUCCUCAAUGCAAAGUUUAUCGUCCAUAGCAUCAUCUCGCUCCACCGCCUCCUCGAAACACGAACAAAUGAAUUUAAGAAUUGCUAUCAUGAACGUCUACGGCCAAGGGUCUAACGAUCUAUCCUUCAAAGCCGGCGCUAUCUUGUACGAACUUCGUCCUCGUAAUAAGGAAGGGUUUUGUUUCGGAUUGCUAGAAGAUUCUAAACAGGGCUUUUACCCCGCAGAAGCAGUGCAAAUAUUCCACGAAGUAUAGCCGCAAACCAACAUUGUGGAUUCUGUAUAGAGAUUUUUAAAAAAGAAAUGUAAGCAUAUGAUUUCAUGGUUUUAAAAUUUAUUUUUUUUCUAGCGCAAAUUACUUUAUAAAACUAAAAAUGGCUAAUCAAAAGUGAUGGUACAAAGUUAUCUUCCAGUUAUUGUUCAUAUUUAUCAUCUAUUUAUACAAUUGAUGAGUGGUGUGUUUUUCGUAUGGAGGGAGAAAAUGUUAUCGUUUAAUUAUUUUGCCGUAUGCUACCAAUUCGGUAUAUUCUUUAGGUGUGCUGGCUAACAUUUUAAAGAGGUUUCGUACGGCGAUUCUUUAAUACGAAACGAUUUUUCAUUGCUUAUCUUCAUCGUACACCUAUUUUUUUUAAAAAAAAUUCCACGCCUGUUGAUUUUUUAAAAUUUUCUUAGGAGACAGGAAAGCUAGUUUGUUUUUUUUAUCAUUUUUUAAUUUCUGUUCGCAAGAUUUUGUGAAAAGUUCAAUACUAAAAUUGGAUACGACUGUAAAUUUUUACAAAAUAUAUUUUAGUAAAUUAUUGUACAUACGCAUUUUAUAUAAAAGGUCAAUUUUCAAUUUUGACUUGAUGAUUCAAAAAUCGUCCUCUGUGCCCGGGUGUCUGCCGGAUCUCGAGGUCAGAACAAGGAACUCUGAUAACUUCGAAUAUCCAUUAUUCUCUGCAACAAAACCUCAAGAUAAGAACACUACUAAAACUUUCUUAAUUUACUUUUGGUACUCAAAAUAGCAAUUUGUACAAUUUGUGACAAGGAAAUGGAUUUCGUGUAAGCCCCGUUAGGUGUUGGCAGAAUAAAGCCCCCGUUGGGUGUUGGCAGGAAAACAAGCUAGGGUCACAGGUCAAACAAUCAACUUUUUUAUACGUCAAUGAAACUCAUAAAGUACUGGGAACAAAAACACUGAACUGAGACUCAAGUUUUGAAAUGUCUAAUGUAUAUGUUAUUACUCAAUCUUGUUAAAUCCUGCUAAAUUUUCUUCUCCGUGAGAUUUACUCCAUCCUCACCCUCCUUGUAGGAAAUAUACUUUUAGGUAUCAAAAGUGCGUGCAUAAAGUUUUAAACUGUGUGGUUUUCAAGGCUGUUCUUUCUUAUAACCAACCUCGUCCCUAGGGAUUUUCGGCGCAUGUUACUGUGCCGGAAACCUUGUCUUCUUUUAAGUAAGUUGGAAGUGAAUUGGUUUCGUUAAAGGCGUAAAAUAACCUUGGGGUGUGGAAAGAGGCUAAGCAUAUGAAAGCCUAACUUCGCAUUUCUGCAUGCCUAUACUGUAAUAAUAAAUAAAUAAAACACGCAUAUAUUUGAUAUUUUAUUAAACAAAAACAACUGUAUAACGGUACUUGCUUAUUUCCGACCAAAAUUUUUAAACUAGUUAGAAAAGGAAAUGACAGAAUUUUAUGAUCAAUGAUUAAACAGAUGCUUUGUUGUUUAGCUGUCGGGAUAUUACCAUGUUUCAUUAGUGAAUAUUCUUACUUUCAUCCAAAAAGUGUCCGGGAUUGAUUUUGGAGAGUAUGAGGCGCUAACAACACACUUAAAUGAGCAUGCUCACAAAAUUGUUUUAUUUUAGAAUAUUACGUCAUUACAGGGAGGUAAUUAAGAGAAAGAGACGAGACAGCAGAAAAAACAACGGAUGAGUUAAUCAACAUAACGAGAUCAUCAUGUGAAAGUUCGCACUCGAUGUCAAUGACACAAAAAUUGACUUUCCGACAAAAAGAAACACAAU